UAAUAACUCAUUUCUUAUGUGUUCAAUAUUUAUUACUUUUAGACAUUAUACUCAUUUGACUUUAAUAUUAAACUCAUUCCGAUACAAUACGACAUAUCCACAAAAGAGCUUUCAAACUCCUUCCCCUUUUCUUUCUAUAAACCAGCGCAGAAACAUGAGUGGGAAGAAUCUAAGUGGGGUGGGAAGAAUCCGAAUCUUAGGACAAAAGCGAAGCCUUGUUUAGUUGCGCCAAUCGAUCAGAGUAUGUGGCGGCUUGGGCUGCUUCGCGAGUCAGAGACCUGGGCAGUCGAUGUUCCGUCUUCGUCGAUGUCCCUCGUCUCUUCGCAGAUGAGUUGCAACACGCAUUAAUUACAAAAAAAUGGUUGUACUGUGCUUUCCGUAUAGCCAGCUGUACGAUGGAAUUUGAUAAAAAUUGUGCCCAUCAGAUACGUGGCAUAUGGAGUAUCAUACCAGUCACCAACUCAAUGCUUGACGCUCACCAACUCUCCUUCCUCACCAAACCCGCAAUAAACCUCAGGCAAGGCCCUUCCACACACCAAAUGAUGUAUCCAUAUAUGCAUUUUCCUCUCUAGACUUGCACCAUUCUGCCCAGGAAAGAAGGCGAUUUACCCCAUUUCCCCUUCCACCAAGUCCUUCCAUCUUCUCCGGGAUUCUUCAUUUCUUUGUGACAUGGAGUUGGUUGCUGAUUCUGGGGUGGUGAAGAAGAUGGAGGGGAUGAGGAAGAAUACGACCCUCAUUUGUGUUCCGAUCAUGGCGUCCACUGUGGAUGAAAUGUUGGAUCAGAUGGGGAGGGCGAAGUCUAGUCAAGCUGAUCUUGUCGAAGUUCGAUUGGAUAGCUUGAACAGCCUCAACCCUCUUCCGGACCUCUCCAAGUUAAUUCAACAAUCUCCAUUGCCUACGCUGUUCACUUACAGGCCGGCAUGGGAAGGUGGAAUGUAUAAUGGUGAUGAAAAUAGCCGAAUGGAUGCACUUCGCUUGGCGAUGGAGCUUGGAGCUGACUAUAUAGAUGUUGAGCUCAAGGCUAUUCAGCAGUUUAAUAGUUCUCUUCCUGCGAAGAAGACUGGCAAAUGCCAAGUAAUCAUUUCAUCUCAUAAUUAUCAUAACACACCAUCGGUUGAGGAGCUUGGUGAUCUUGUAGCGAGGAUACAAUCAGCAGGAGCUGACAUUGUGAAAAUAGCAACCACUGCAUUGGAUAUUACUGAUGUGGCACGUGUCUUCCAAAUCACUGUACACUCUCAAGUAAGCGGUGUACCAAUAAUAGCCAUGGUCAUGGGAGAGAAGGGUUUGAUUUCUCGCAUACUUUGCCCAAAAUUUGGUGGUUAUCUCACUUUUGGUACUCUGGAAGACGGGAAAGUAUCAGCUCCUGGACAGCCAACCAUUAAGGAUCUUUUGGAUUUGUACAAUUUCAGGCAGUUAGGCCUGGACACUAGGAUAUUUGGCAUUAUUGGCAAACCUGUCAGUCAUAGCAAAUCGCCUUUACUGUACAAUGAAGCUUUCAGAUCAGUCGGAUUCAAUGGGGUUUAUGUACAUUUACUGGUAGAUGAUGUUGCUUCUUUCUUCCAAACUUAUUCAACUACAGAUUUUGCUGGUUUCAGUUGCACCAUUCCUCACAAAGAGGCUGCCCUUGAAACUUGCGAUGAUGUGGAUCCAAUUGCAAAGUCAAUAGGGGCUGUAAAUUGCAUUAUAAGGAGAAGUACGGAUGGGAAGUUAUUUGGUUGCAAUACAGAUUAUGUUGGCGCUAUCUCUGCUAUUGAGGAUGGCCUGCAAGGUUUGCAUCAUGCUCCAUUUGUCAAUUCACCAUUGGCUGGGAAGUUAUUUGUAGUAAUUGGUGCUGGUGGUGCUGGAAAGGCACUAGCAUAUGGUGCAAAAGAAAAAGGAGCUAGGGUGGUCAUCGCUAACCGUACCUAUGAACGAGCCAAAGAGCUGGCAGAUAUUAUUGGAGGACAAGCUUUGUCGCUUGCUGAGCUUAAUAAUUUCCAUCCAGAAAAAGGCAUGAUUCUUGCAAACACCACUUCCAUCGGAAUGCAACCAAAAGUUGACGAGACACCAGUUGCUAAGGAAGCCUUGCAAUACUAUUCACUCGUGUUUGAUGCUGUCUAUACACCAAAGAUAACUAGAUUAUUAAGAGAAGCUGAAGAGUCUGGAUCAAAAAUUGUUACCGGUGUAGAAAUGUUCAUUGGGCAGGCAUAUGAGCAAUACGAAAGGUUCACAGGAUUGCCUGCUCCCAGGGAACUAUUUAAAAAGAUAAUGGCGAAAUAUUGAAUCCAAGAUUACUCCUACGGGCUUCAAUUGUGGAGUGCUUUUUUGUUUCUUGAUAAUUUUUUGUAUGUUUUUUAUUUCUGAAAGGGCAUAUGUUUCGUCCAAUAAAAACUUGCUUAGAUUUUAGCAGAAAAGAAAAAGAAAAAUAGGGGUGGCUUUGUUAACCUCAUGUACUAGUAGUUCAUUCUUAUGGCAACUUGGCAAUUACUGCUGCUCAUCAGGGGUGACAUUGCCACAAACCUUAGCUUUCGUUUGAGCAAUUGGUAUUUUUUUUAAACGUGGUCUUGUAAUUUGUAACAAUCAUAAAUUUGUAAUACUCUACUUAGAGUUCUUGGUGUAGAAACAUUUGUUCCAGUAGUUUAUUUGAUCAAGUACGUAAAACUUGAGCUCUGCGCAAAUUUGUGUUUUCUUCUCUUUUCCUUGAAAUAUUAGUAUAGAAUCCUGAUGACUCCUUUGGUGAGGGUGAAACUAGGCUAUAUGCCAAUACCAUUUAAAUUGAUCAGC